CCAGUCUACUGGAAGAUUCCAUUGUGAGUGGGCUUUCAAAAAGUUUUAUCUCCGAAAAGCCAGUGUUUUCGCGCGUUCCUUCGUUCGCCCGUGGAUGAAACCUCUACGCAAAGACGUCCAAUGGAUUAAGUCGACGUCGACGAAUCGCGCGAAACCGAGGACAGCCCACCCCAAUUGGAACGGAAUUCCGUAGACUCUUCGACGAGGAAGUCGCGUAACGAUGUAAAGAACAAUGUAACGCGUUGCCGUUGAGAUAACAGCAACAUUCGCGCCUCGACACGAAGCAGAAAGACGAGCAGAACGAGGGGGACGGAUAAAUCAGCGGACAGAGCCCGAUCGAUCGUUUCCUUUCCAAGCUCCUAUUGUUGUCUUCGAGACGAAGAAGAGACUCGGUACGGCUCCUCGUCGGACCACAAGGAUUAGAUUAUAUUAAAUUAUAAAUCCCGUGUAUCGUUUCUACGUAGUAUCGCGAGAGAUACACACAAACAAACACGUAAACACACACACACACACAUACACACACACGACGUGAGUUUAAACAAAGAAAGAUAGAAGGGUAAAGAGCGGAGAAGUAUCGGGGAGAAGAUAAGACGAGAUGUACAGAGAUCCGAACAGCUCCUCGGCUAGCGGCACCUCCACAAAGGGCGACGAUGUCGAGAUCGUUAGCAGAUUUUUAGCGCCUUUAUGCGCGAGGGAUGAAACUGCCAGGAACAUCGCCCUGGCGGCGGCCAGGAACACGGUCGAGGGAUGGCUCGGGGGUGUCGGGAGUCCGAAUCACUGGGACGACACCGGUGAGAUGGAGGACGCGGAGAACCUUGCCGGAAUGUUCAAAAGCCAAGAUGGAAGAUACGACAUGAGCGUGGAGCGUUCGCCGACCAAGUCAGCGCCGAAGAACGUGCACCAGCCCCCCCAUCAGCAACAGCUACUGCAGGACAUGUUUAGGACCGAGGGUUUCUUCCCCCAAAGCGUCACCGAGAAUCCCCCGUUCCUCGAGGACAGUAGCCUAGAGUGUACCGAGAGAUACCCGUCGGGAUCGUUCGAUUGCGUCGACGGACGCCUGGGGAACGAGACUGGCUACGGCACCCCGAACGAGAGGAGGCGAUACGACCUGGAGAGCUACAGGUCCGGUCACUCGACGUCCUCCGACGAGGGGAAGGGCUUCAAGAUCGAGCAGGACCGAUACCUCAGGUUCAAAGACGGCUCGGAGACGCGUUUCGGGUCCAGCAGCGAGAGCGAGAGGAAGUUCAUCGGGUCGUCGUCGAGCGAGAGGCUGAACGAAACGAGCCUCGAGGGUCGACCGAGGGCGACGAAUUACGUGAAGGUGAAGGGGGCCAAGCAGAAGCAGCUGGAGGACGACGAGCUGGACUCCGACACCAGGAUCUACGGGAAGAGUCCGAAGUUCGACGACAACCUGGCCGCGAAUUUCGAUCGUAGAAAUUUGAAUUAUCGCCAGAUAGGCGGGGACGUUCUGUCGCGGGACAGAAGGUGCUACGACAGCGGGGACGAUGUGUCCUUCGACGAGACGGAGAUCGCGAUCAGGAAUUGCGACGGGGUGGUGUUCAACACCCUGGACGGGUUCGAGAACGAGAACGCGAACGAGAUCUAUCACAGACAGCCGGACGACAAUCGGGCCGAGGACAUGAAGCUGCAGAAUUUCGAGAUCUUCGCCCGCGAGGACGAGCACCUGGAUGACGGUCGUCAGCGUUGCGUGCGCUCCGAUCAGCCCCAGGAUUAUCUGCGCAAGAACGACGAGAGAAAGUUCAGCGGCGGCCAGAUCAAGAGACCGCUCUCGCAGGACGAGGAUGUGUCUUUUAAGAGCGGAAGGGUGCUCGAGAGCCCCGACGUAACGCCCGGGGACGUCGGCAGGAUGCUGAAUCUGGGGAACGCGCUGGACGGGCCGAGGCAAGCACAGGCGAACAAGUAUUUGAGCCUGGUGACGUUACAUCUGCCGGUGAUACUGAGGCUCAGCGUCAAUUGCCCCUUCCAGAACGUUAGGAUCAAGUGCGCCGAGAUCUUGGAGAUGGUCAAGGACAGGGGACUACCAGUGCCAAUGCCAGCUUUCGAUGGACCCAGUGCCUUCGUCCCCACGUUCGAGUUGCCGGAUUUGAACAAUCUCGAUGAAAAGACUCAUAUCCUGUUGAUGGAUGCGUUCCUCCAGAACAACAGGCUGGAUCAUGUCUCGAGGGUGAUGGCUUCACAUCCUUCGUAUUUGGAACACUUCCUCCGUACCCAACAUUUCAUCCUCAGGGGCGACGGACCCCUCCCGUACGACUACAGGCAUCUCAUCGCCAUUAUGGCCGCAGGUAGACACCAGUGCAGCUAUUUAAUAAACCUGCAGAAAGGAGAGUUCAUUCUUCAGGGCGGUGACCCAUCGUGGCUUCGGGGUCUGAAGUCAAUUCCUGGAAAAUUACAAGAUCUCUAUGAGAUUAACAAGAUUUUAGCCCAUAGGCCGUGGUUGCUGAACAAAACGCACAUAGAGAAACUGACCAAGGGCGCGGACAGUUGGUCCUUAGCCGAGGUAGUUCACGCGAUAGUCCUUUUGGCUCACUUCCACUCCCUCUCGUCUUUCGUCUUCUCAUGCGGGGUGAACGAGGAGCUGGACAACGUUGCCGGCCAUCAUUACAAACUGAACGUCCAGGAAAAUAGCAAUAACGUACCAACUGCCAAAGACAAGAUUUCCAAUAGUCCCAAGAAGAUUCUCAAUGGCGAUGGCAAGACUGAAAGCAUGUCGUCGCCGCCGUCCUCGCCCAGCAUAGUCGGCGAGCAGGAGGUCGGCGUCGAGGCUCUGAUGGAGCGCAUGAAGCGUCUGUCGGAGAAGUCCGAGUCCUAUCAGAUCACCCAGGAGGAGCUGUCGAAAAGAUUCGAGACCGUGGAAACGCAGUCCGCGGAGCUCGCGGCGGCGCCACAGAGGAGUAGUUCGGUCCUCGACUCGGACAUAGGUCAUUUCAUCGAGGACCCCACCUUCAUCUAUCAGGACUUCGCCAAGCGCGGUCAGCUGAACGACAUACCGACUUUCCGCGUCCAGGACUACUCGUGGGACGAUCACGGCUACUCGCUGGUGAACCGUCUUUACAACGACGUUGGCAAUCUCCUGGACGACAAGUUCAAAACAGCCUACAAUCUGACGUACUACACGAUGGGUACGCACAACGAGGUGGACACGUCGCGGUUCAGGCGAGCCAUCUGGAACUACAUUCAGUGCAUGUUCGGGAUCAGGCACGACGAUUACGAUUACAACGAGGUCAAUCAGCUCAUCGAGCGAAGCUUGAAGACUUUCAUAAAGAGCGCCGUGUGUUAUCCGGAGCGCGUCACUAAGAGGGAUUACGAUCGCGUCAUGAGGGAGUUCAAGCACAGCGAGAAGGUUCACGUGAACCUGAUGAUCCUGGAAGCACGAAUGCAAGCGGAGCUUCUUUACGCGCUCCGCGCGGUGAUGCGAUACAUGACCUAAGCGAGGACCGCGCCCCUCCCUUCGUCUACUUGCUGUCUGUCAGUCAGUUUGUCGUUGGUUUUUUUUUAAUCGUAUAACUCGCGCCACGGUUUUGCGAGGCGUCUUCGCGGACUCUGCACACGGCACGGAAGGAACGAGCGAACGAGACAUCGAUUCUCACACCCACACAACCACACACGCAGUAUAUAAAUAAUAUAUUCUCACACGAAUUACACUUACACGCUCACACACACUCAUACAGACAGAGACAGAAGCUCACGUUACACACGUAUCGCGCGCGUCAACGAAGGAGGAGAAGAAAAAGACCAGACCCCCGAGUCGAGUGUCCUCUGUGAGACGUCGUCGCAAGGUGUCCGCCAUUUGCUCGUCGUAACUUUAAAGCGACAGAGAUCUCUUUGAUGAAUCAGUGCUAAUCGAACGAAGAGAGGAAAUGCUGCUAAGUGCGUGGAAGACGAACGAAGAAAGACAAAAAGAGUGAGAGAGCGAGAGAGAGAGAGAGAAUUUGACGCGGGUUGAAGGCGACAUUGUUCGUAACCACGUGACAUUUAAUAGUAUAUAUCGUCGAAGACGACGCGAGCUUUCGAUGUUUAUACGCGAUGGACGAUCGACGCGCCAUCUAGAACGCGUUCGCGAUCAACGUCGUUGUUCCCAUUUGUACAUUGGAAAACGAGUUCGUCACGUGUGACCAUUGAUGGGUGAACGAAGACACGCGACGUGAGGACAAGAGAAAGAAAAAGAGCGAACGAGAUAUAGAGAGAAUGUGAGACAGUGUGUGACGUAAGCGCGAAGUGAGACGGGAUACAAGCACGAGAGGAGAGUGAGAGAUUUAUCGUUUGUUUUGUAAAUAGACACUCGUAUUUUUCUAUGUUUCGCGAGAUCGUAGUAGAUUGUUAUUUGCGCGUUUCGUUAACGUUUCAAAUCUGUUGAAAGUUUUUUGAUCCCCGUAACCCCUCCCCCCGUACCGUUCUACCGUCUAAUACCCACUUUCAAACUUUUUUCAACGAUGCUUCCCUUUGGUUCGGCGAUUCGAUUUUCUUUCUCCUUCUCGCGAUUCGCGUGACCAUCCUGAGGGGAGGGAGGGGAUUGGAGGAGGGGAGGUUGGAGCAUUACGCGUCCGUUUCCCAUAGUAAUCGACUCCUCGCGGCACUUUAAUACCGGAACGAUUCGUCGAUGGUCGCGAUUGAUCGUAAGGAUAAAUCGAGAACCGAUGACGGGUCGAGGAUGACCGGAAGUCAUCGUGCGAUUUUCCGUUCGUUCGUUGUUCGUUGCAUCGUCGUUCGUGUUCGUCCGAGACACUAAUAAAAAAAUUAAUGGCCGAACAGGGACGACUCGACGAACGAAUUUUUGUCUUUCGCGGUGUGGUCGCGAUUCGCGUUGCUGAUUGCGAUUCCCGUUGUACAUAUAUAUAUAUAUAUAUAUAUUUAUAUAUACAUAUAUAAAUAUAAAUAUAUAUAUACAUAUACAUAUACGUUUUAACUUCGUUUAUUGCAAUGAGUAUCGUAUUAAUGGCCGAACAGGGACGACUCGACGAACGAAUUUUUGUCUUUCGCGGUGUGGUCGCGAUUCGCGUUGUACAUAUAUAUAUUUAUAUAUAUGUAUAUACGUAUAUAUACAUAUACAUAUACAUAUACGUUUUAACUUCGUUUAUCGCAAUGAGUAUCGUAUAACGAAGAAAGCUAUAAUAUAAACAACAAAGUGUACCUUCGUUUUUUCGUCGUAACCGUGUGUCGAGAAUUUACAAAUGAUAAAUGAAAAAUCUUAGAUCGUAGGAUGAUCUGCGCGCGUACGCGCGACUCGACGCGCGAGCCGCGCGUGCGCGGCCAGAGACAUCAAUGCCAGUCGGCUGUGUUUAUUUACGAUGGAUCAUGGCGCUACUGUCGCCAACCCUAUGCGCGACAAAGUUUUGUUUUUCCCGCACGAGUCUAGCGCUGUACCGCUCUCAGGAAAUUCUAUAUCGUCCAAUACGUCGCGGAGAACCGCGAAUCUCCAGCAGGGAUCGGCAAAAUUUCAUACGGGGAAACAAGCAACGAGCGAAGCUAAUAACUCUUCUAUUCGCUCCUUGCGAAAUACUUCAUUCCGUAGUUCGAAUUGUAAUUUUUAUUUAACGCCUAACAGUUCGUCCUUCACUCGUGUGAGAAUUUUGCCGAUCUCUGGACUACGGCGAGCUUACAGUCUGGUGGGUGUAGUAAACCUGAGACUCAACGUACGCAAUAGAUACGUGUUCGUGUUUCGUGCACACCAAAGUAUGGAAUUAAUAUAUCGAACAUACUUCCAGAGUAAUAAAUAACUGUAGGUUCGUUCGUCCUUUAUCGAUAGAUGUAGAAAGGAACGUUCUUAUGGUUUUUUUAUUUGGUCGAUCGGGGUAAGGUCAGUUGUUUAUUUAUUUUUCUAGUACUCGUAAUUUUAAUAAUAUUUUUAUCCAAGAAAGUAAUUAUUUAAACAUUUUAAUAUUCGUGACGUUCUUCAUUCAGAGUUGAGUUCAUGUUGAGAUUUAUUUAGAACCCUAACAAUUUUUUUACCUAUAACAAAUACAUAUCAGAUAAGAUUUUGGGACGAGAAUAUAAAACAGUUGCGUUGCAGUUUAAAAAAUUAUUGUAAUAGUUAAAACUCGAUCGAGAGGUCUUGCAACGUGCAGUUUCGUAAACAUUCUUCGAAAUUCAUGGUUACAACUUUUUCCCUGUGUUAUCCCUGCAGAACAUAGAUCAAACGAUUGAUCUUUCUCUGUAGGUCUUAAGAAACCAUAAGGACAUUCUGUGUCCACAGAGGAGUUUACUAUAUCCUUUCCAUGGACUGUAAUCGCGCUAAAAGCAGCACAAACUUUUUGGUACUCAGGCACAGCGUUAGCGGAGCGUACACGAAUUAUAAACGGCGAGGACCAAGCGAAGGGGCGAACAAAAAAAUAGAGGAAAGGAAGAGCCCGAAUCGAAUCUUUUUCGCGCGUGUUUAUCAACGAAUUUUCAUGCCUUUCGCGUAGCGUGUUGAACUUUAAAACGAUACAAAGGGAAGAAAGGAAACCGUGGGAAUCGUCGUGUCGACUCGUGUUCGCCCCUUCUUCCGAUGACCAACAAACGGUUGGCAACAGUAGGAACGGCUCGCCGCGUAACGUGCGAGCGGGACAGAGAGAGGCUGUUUAAACAAAUCAAAUCCAUAUUAUGUCGUUACGGUACACGAGGAACGUGGCACAAAAAAUGAAGAAAACAGAAAACUCUAUUACACGCGAAUUACACGUGUCUGUGAUCGCAUAUUAUAUAUAUAUAUAUACAUAUAUAUAAUAAUAUAGAUGUAUAACAAACAUAAUACGCAUUGUCGAGAUGAAAACGAGAAGCAACAAAUGGAUCGAUAUAUAUGUAUUAUAUAUAUAUGUAUAUAUAUACGUAUGUACGUACGGUACAUACGACGCGUAUUUACGUCGACGACGACGAAAGUAAACGAAGCGCGUGGUAUAUCGAUACGCGUACCGAGCAACGGGAAAGCAAACCGAAGAAAAAUGAAAAAAAAUAAUUAUGGAAUACCGAUACGGGAGAUAUACGUGUAGCGUUUGUAAUUACAAUGUCUCUUUAUUAUGUAAACUGUGUAUGUGCGCGCUCUGAAAUUUAUUGUAUAUUCGUGUAUAUGAUUCGGAGCUGUCGCGUUUCAAGUGCAACGCCAUCGCCAAUCGAUCGCGAAUCAGCCAAAAAAAACGCGAAUACGUCGCCCUUAGACGAGCUUGUACCACAAAUCACCCACUUUACGCGCGUAAUCGUAAUUUUUUAAAAUCGUUUUCGUUCCCGCUGGUUCGCGAUCGAGAUACGGUUCGGAGCGUGUCGAGCGAAUUUGAACGUAGAGUAUCAACGGACGGACACAAAACAUACAAACAACAUGCUAACACACACGCAAGUACACAACCGGGGAAAAAAACUUUUUCGACCAACAGCGACGCGUUUGCCUCUUAAAACGACGUCACCACAUAUCACUUGAAAAAAAAAAAAGAGUUUAUUAAGAGAGCGGACGCAAUCGUGCGUUCACUUUGUUCGUUCUUCUCUCAUUCUUCAACGUGUUCUCGUACAGCCAUGUCGCGAACCGUCCGUAGGAUCGUCGAGGUUCGCGACGAGCCGCGCGAACGACAGUAUUUCACACAUCUUCGACGUUCAUAUCCCUCCGGGCUUUCGAGUCUCUCUUUCUCUCGCUUUAAAAAAUCAUCCUCUUUCGUACGUAGCCGCAGACGCAACGCAAUCACGUACGAUGGUUCGCGCGACUAUCGCCGAUACGAAACCGUACAUCGGCGGCCAUGUUGGAUGGUAGUACGGUAUCGCCAUACCAGAGUUAGGCAAAGCUUCAAGCGACUUAUCAUUAUUAUACGGUAAUAUUAUUUCACGGUUGAAACAUUUUAUCUCCAUUAAAUUAAAAACGUUCCGCUUUGCCCGUCUCCGUGCCAUACGACCGUCGUCGCAACUUGACAUACGAUCGUGGAUACAAUAAAUCGUUACGUCUGUGGCAA